AGAUGACACCCGGUAACUUUGCCGCGUCGUCGUUUCCAGCGGACGGUUUGCGAGGAGCUGGCGGUGCCCGACGGUACCGUAUUCACCGGGUUACGAAGAAUUUCCUCGCCCGAUGAAGCUGGUAUGCCAAAGAGUUUAGAGAUGGAAAAAUCCAAACAAAGUUACAGAGUAUUUUCCAGGUUAGUGCUGUAGAAGAAUUUUUCCAGGGGUACGUUUGAACCAGAGACCAAGACCCAAUUACGUUGAAGCACAAACUGGUUUGUGAUAGUGCUGGAGGCAAAGGCAGGCCGUCUUUAUGGGCUUAUGCAAAUUAGAUUAUGCAAGCGAUUGGGUACAGCAGCAAGACUGGAGGAAUGAGGAUACGGUCUCUUUACUUUUAAGAGUUUGCCACAAUGGGAAGCAGUAUUUCCAAAAGAAUUUAUCCCUUUUUUCUGAAGAACAGUAUGAAGACUAACUAUGCGAGUCAAGAACAUUAUUUUAAGCAAAAGUCUACAUUAGAAACCUGUUGCCAUCCAAGUGUCCAAGAAGUAGACAGCGGUGAUGAGGAUGCUGAAGAUAGGUUUUAUAGGUUUGUGAUUCUUCAUGCUGAGGAGGAUAUAGAAGAAGCCAUUAGAGUCCAAGACUUGUUACAAAAUGAGUAUUGUAUCAAACCAGGAAUCAUCUUUGCGGAAAUGCCUAGUGGUAGGCAUUUGCUAGAAAAUUUAACUAAUGCCAUGAACGAUUCUGCCUGGAUAAUUAUUUUGCUGACAGAAAACUUCUUAAGAGACCUAUGGUGUGAAUUCCAAUCAUACACUUCUCUUUUGGGUGCACUGACCAUCCCACAUAAAUAUAAUAGUGUCAUACCCAUGAGGCCACAGAAUAAACCGCUCCCAUGGCAGAGGACUCCUUUCAUUCUACGGUGUGUUAAUGUUCUUCAAGAAGAUAGUCCUGGAUUUUCUGAUCAAGUAAAGAAAACUUUUCAAGAGGCUCGAUACAGGCAGCAGGAAGAGGUGUGGCGGUAUGGGCGAAAGAAAGAAGUGGCCCAAAAAAUCCUCGAGUGGUGAAUGUAGAAAGCAGCUUUCCUUAACCAGCUAACUUUCAGAAAGGCUGGGCCUAGAACUCAAAGUGUUCACAACCAGCAUGAGCAAUAAUCACACUGACUGGCAAUGAUGGGAAAUAUAGUACUAGCACAUCUGAAAAACAUUAGCUGGAAGAAGGCUAUUAUAAAUACAUUUUUAAUAGAAAAUAUAGAAAAAUGGAAGGUAAUUUAUUUGAUUGAAGACUCUGUGAUACCCUGAUCUACAUUUUGUUCAUUUUGCUUUGGAUACUUAAGAGCUUGGGAGAGGAGGUCCUCUUCAGAUGAGCCUCCUGGAAUAAUGCUACCCAGAAAAUUUCUUGUUUUCCACCUUCCUAGCUAUACAUGAGCUAUGAAAGUCUUGAAGAGAAGGAUCAUAGGUCUGUGCCUGGAGUAAGCAUUCCAUUACUAGGAUCUUCAGUUUGAGGAUUUCUGGUGACAAGGGUUGGAAAGACAUCUGUCUGAACCCUUGGAGAGUCACUGUGAGUCACGUAUUGGACUCAAUGAAAUGAUGGUGGCUUCACCUGCUAUUUUCUAAGAGUUAAAAGCAGUCUUAAAGAAUAAUCACUGUUUAUAGUGUGUAUUUUCAUCCUAUUUCUAUCUUUGAUAGAUUUUUAAGGAUUUUAGUACUGUGUCAGAAAUAUGAGAAUACUAUCUAACGAGACAUCAUAAAGGAAUAAAGGAAAUAUACACUUUUGUUAUCUAGUCCACACAUUGCACUAAACCAUAAUACGAUUUUUGUUAUGAACUAGCAAUUCUUCCAUAUAAAUCAUAAUUUAUAGCUUAAGUAUGAUACAUAAACCCAGCUCAUUACUAUGUAUCACUCUAUAUUUUAAUCCUUUUAAAAUAUAUUAUCUGUCUCCCAUUUUCAAAUGAUGCUUGGCAGGACUAUGUUUUCUAUUUAUAUCCCUCACAUUGCCCAGAUCCCAGUUGAGAAUUUCGGUGUUCUUUCCAUGCUGCUGUUUCAUUCAGUGUAAUAAUGUCAUUUCCAUUUGGAUCAACUGACCUAUCAGUUCCAAGACUUUUUGUUGGCACAGCUGAAAUACAAACUGCAUUUUUGAAGGAACACAGUGGAAUUGUAAAGUCUGUACUGUGAAGUUUUCCAAUAUGGGCAGAUCUUUGUGUUCUGCAGAGCCUAGUGUUGAGUCAUUCAAUUAAAAGCUUGUUGGCAAUUCUGUACUUGUUUUCAUUUAUUAAAUAAUGAUAGUUAAGCAGAAUCAUCAACAUCUCUCAUAACUAAAAUGACCAAAGAUGAUUAGUCUCCUUUGUUUUUCUUUUUGUUUAAUUGUAAAC